AUGCUUGAAUAUGAUACUUCACCAUGGCCGGUAAAAGACAUCGUCUAUACCGCCAUAGUAGGCUCAGUAAUGAUUGCCGCAUUUCUCGAAUGGUUUCUCUGGCUGGCAGCCUUCCUGUAUUGUCUAGUCAAGGUCUUCCAGAAAGCUGAGCACUGGUCUGUUCGGGUUUUGGCAACAGUAGUCGCAAUCGUCUUCACACUCUUGAGAGCCAUCUACCUCCCCAUUAUGGUUGUGACUCUUCCUCUUCCACCAGGGGUCACCCAAUAUUUCCCUCUACAAAUGGUCACCAUCCUUCAAUGGUUCGGAUUUUGGUCCUUCGCAGCUCUUUUGACGAUUCCAUGGCUUUUCUGCGUAUACCAAAUUGUAACGCAUUCCCUGGGACGGACGAAACGCAUAAAACAAGUGUUGGAUGAGCACUCGGCGCCAAAGGUUGUGAUUGUCAUGCCAUGCUAUAAGGAAGAACCGGAUAUUUUGGUGACGGCUAUCGAUUCAAUCGUGGACUGCGACUACCCUCCUUCUUGUAUCCACGUAUUUCUUUCCUUUGAUGGCGACCAAGAAGAUGAGUUAUACCUCAAGACGAUUGAAGCACUAGGCGUUCCGCUAUCUCUGGACUCUUACCCAAAAAGUAUUGACGUUACCUAUCGAACUGCCCGCAUUACGGUUUCUCGAUUUCCUCACGGUGGAAAGCGACAUUGCCAAAAGGCCACUUUCAAGUUGAUUGAUAAGGUUUAUACCGAAUAUUUGAAGCGCAAUGACAACCUCUUCAUUCUUUUCAUCGACUCUGAUUGUAUCUUGGAUCGCGUUUGUCUCCAGAAUUUCAUGUACGAUAUGGAGCUGAGCCCGGGGAAUACUAGAGAUAUGCUCGCAAUGACAGGAGUUAUUACAUCCACCACGAAAAAACACAGUCUAAUCACUCUGCUCCAGGACAUGGAAUACAUUCAUGGCCAGCUGUUUGAGCGAACGGUUGAGUCAGGUUGUGGUUCCGUCACGUGUCUACCAGGAGCUUUAACGAUGUUGCGAUUCUCGGCUUUCCGCCGCAUGGCCAAGUAUUACUUUGCUGACAAGGCUGAACAAUGCGAUGACCUUUUCGAUUACGGUAAAUGCCAUCUGGGCGAGGAUAGAUGGCUGACCCAUCUUUUCAUGAUUGGUGCAAAGAAGAGAUAUCAGAUUCAAAUGUGUACCUCUGCAUUCUGCAAGACCGAAGCCGUGCAAACGUACGGAUCUCUGAUCAAGCAGCGUCGUCGAUGGUUCUUGGGAUUUAUCACCAAUGAGGUUUGUAUGUUGACUGACAUCAGAAUCUGGAAAAGAUAUCCAAUUUUGGCUGUCGUCCGAUUUAUGCAAAAUACGAUCCGAACAACUGCUUUACUUUUCUUCAUCAUGGUACUCUCGAUCAUUACUACUACAAAGAAAGUUCAGGAUCUUCCCGUUGGAUUCAUUGGUAUUUCACUGGGCCUCAACUGGUUGAUGAUGAUCUACUUUGGUGCUAAGCUCAGACGUUUCAAGAUUUGGCUCUACCCCUUGAUGUUCAUCAUCAAUCCAUUUUUCAAUUGGUAUUACAUGGUUUAUGGUAUAUUCACCUGUGGACAACGAACCUGGGGUGGACCUCGAGCAGAUGCCGGAGCUGCUGAUUCAACCACAACUCCACAGCAAGUGAUCGAAGCUGCCGAACAGGCUGGGGAUGAUCUCAAUGUUAUUCCUGAAACAUUCAAGCCUGCGGCCGAAGCUCGAAACAACCAAAUUGUCCGCCGCCCGACCCUCCCACUGUUACCUCCAAACCGUCUCGAAGGUCGUUUCGCUGCUGCAGAAAGACUCCCGGGUGGAUGGUAUGAACAAGUCAAUGAUUCUCUUAACAGCGUUGCUGCCGGCCGUGUUUUAGCAUCAGGACGAACCCCAAUGGCAUCUAGAGAAUCUUUUGACAGCUAUGUCUCUGGAUUUACUGGUACGAAUUCUGUGUACAUGCCGAGACGAGUGGAAAGUAUCAUGGGAGAAGAGGACAGAAAGAAGUAUGAGAUUGCUCAAGCCAACCAAAAGGCACCAGCUGGAGCGUACUAUAAUCAGGGAUAUGUCUACGAAAUCCCUGAUGGAUUGGAGCCCAAGGGGUUUCAAGAUUCAGUAGAAUCUUUGGGGUCCUUGGAAGGAACCACAUCCAAUUCUUUAGCAGUUCCCCAAGCAUCUUCGUACAGGAAUGGACGAAGUCCUUUGGGCCGUAUGUCUUUAAUACGUUCCAACUCGAGAGAUGAAUCAAUUGAGCUAGAAGAUCAUCGUUCGGACAGUUCAACCUCCCCAGAACCGAAGCCACAACACCGGGGAUAA